AUGGCAGCAAAUAAUGCGACAAAUGAUGAAUUAUUAGCAUCCUCUAUUCAUGGAAAACUUCACCGGCAGUCUCCAUUAUGUGCUCAUCAUUCCAUAUUUCGAAUCCCUAAUGUGCUGCUUAAUGGUAAUGAAAAAAUUUAUGUUCCAAAUUUACUUUCAAUUGGACCAUUUCACCGUGGAUUGGGCUUAGAAACCAUGGAAGGAGUUAAACUAAGGUAUUUGCAUUGCCUCCUUGAGCGUAAUCCAACUCCCAAUAGUGGUUUAGUGUACUUUGUUAAAGCCAUUAGAGGUAUGGAACAAGAUUGUCGCAAUUGCUAUGAAGAACACAUUGAUAUGCUCAGUGAUGAAUUUGUAGAAAUGCUGGUGGUUGAUGGUUGCUUUAUCAUUGAACUCUUCCGAAAGUUUUCAGCUCAGGUGCCAAUAGAGGUCGACGAUCCUGUGAUCCAUAAGUCAUGGAUGCGCACGACGCUUAUACAUGACUUGCUUCUACUUGAAAACCAGCUUCCUUGGAGGGUUGUUGAAUGUUUAUUUAACCUCACUCAGGCCACUACUGCAGGUAAUAACUAUCCUCUUUCUCUUUCACUUCCUGUGCUUACUCUACGAUACUUUAAAGAGUCUACCUUGGGUAUGGAUCCAAAGGUCAACGGAACAUUUGUAAACAAACAUUUACUUCACUUCAUAAAAAACUCUUUACUUGGAUCAUAUGCGGAAAAAACAGAGUUUGAGCACUCAGAUUGGUCUCCGAUUCCCUCUGCGACAAAUCUUAAAAAAGCAGGAGUCAUAUUCAGAUGUGGGAAAAAAGACGACAUGCUCAACAUAAUCUACGAAAAUAAUGUCAUGAAAAUUCCACCCAUAAGAAUUCAUGGGAAUGGAGAAUCUCUGUUUAGAAAUAUCAUCGCUUAUGAACAGUGUGAACCAAUCGGUAUAAGUAAAUUUACCUCUUAUGCUGUGGUGUUGGAAAACCUUAUUAAAUGUGAGGACGAUGUAAAGUUUCUCACUGAGCGUGGAAUUAUAGUAAACUUUUCGGGCUGCGACAUACCCUUGUUCAUGAGUAAUCUCACCAGUGAUGUUAGAGUCUACAACUUUUCUUACGCAAAGCUUUAUAAGAAAGUUAACGCACAUUAUCUGCAUCGUUUUACAAGGCUUCUUGCGCUUUACAUACGUAUUUUUGAAGAUCCAUUAGCAUUUUUCAAUUUUACUUAUGCUGUUGUAGUUGUUACAAUUUUGACUUUCGUACAAACAUUUUUUUCCAUUUUGGCUUACUUCAAGUCUCCGUAG